ACAAAAAUCGAUCGGAGAAAAUGUCCAACAAGUAAACAUAAAUAAUAAUAUUAUUUAUUCUUUUGUUAUGUUAAAAUGGAAAUAGAAAUUUACGUAACGCCGGAGAUAAAUGACAAAAAAGGAAAUACUUCGAUUUGUCGGAUAUGUUGGAAGUCGGGUGUAGCUAAGUUUAAGUCGCUUUUUGAUAAAUUUAAAAACUUGCCUCUUUUCGACCAUAUAAACAUCCUAACAAACAUUGAAAUAAAACUGAACGACGGUUUACCAGAUACAAUAUGUUCAACAUGUUACAAAGAAUUAGAAACGGCUGUAAAGUUCAAAGAAAAAUGUGAAAAUGCGAAUUGUAUUUUUAAAAACAAAGAUAUAGAAAAUAUAUUAAAGGGUGAGGAUAAGUAUUCAGAAAUCACAGUUAAAAAUGAACCAGAUGAAUUCGCCGAAGAAUCCGAUGACGCGGAGUUCAACAUAUCCAUAGAGUAUCCAGAAGACAAGUCAUUAAAAAGUAAAUCAUUGGACCGAUCAGAUAAAAAGAAACCAUCCACAGAGACUACAGUCCAGUGCCAUGACUGUGGCUCUUACUUCAAAAGUAAAUGCAAAUUGAGAGUGCACUGGAAGAGAACUCAUUUGCUAAAUUCUUUGAUAUGCUCUGCAUGCAAAAGAACAUUUAAAUCUUAUAAAGCGUACCACAGUCAUAUGAGCACUAAGAAGCGAAGUUGCACUUCUUUACAAAGCAACAUGAUUGAUAUCACCGGUAUAGGUAAAGCUAGGUUGUUCUAUUGUAAAGAAUGUCCUUACAAAACCAAGAGAAUUAAAGAUAUACAGAACCAUAUUGUUAUUCACAACGGAGACAGACCAUAUAAAUGUGACAUUUGCUUGAAAACAUUCACACAACUUAGUACUGUACAGAAUCACAAAGAAAUGGUACAUAAAAAAUAUAAAGUUGAAAUCACAUGUCAAAUUUGUGGGAAAAGUGUAAGAGGAAGAUCUCAAGUUUACAGACAUAUAAGAAGUCACGAUAAAGUACAGUGUCCAAUAUGCGAAAAAUCAAUGAGUAGGUUAAGUCAAAAACAACAUAUGCAACGUCACAGCGGCUCAAAGAGUUUUACUUGCGAAGUAUGUGCAUUAGCGUUCUACACCGCUGCGGAAUUAUACAACCACAGACGCAAUCAUAAUAAAGAUAAGCCAACUCUUAAAUGUGACUUAUGUGAAUAUAGGUGUAAUAGAUCUGAUUCCAUGAAGAGACAUAAAAAUAGACACACAGAUGUAAACCUACCGUGCAUUAUAUGUGGUAUGUUUUUCUUGACAAAACAAAAGCUUGUUUUACACGAAAGAAUACAUUAUGAAGAGAAAAAACAUUUUUGUCCGUAUUGCAAUCGGUCAUUUCAUAGUGAUCGGUCAGUCAGAAAACAUAUUGCUUUGAAACAUAAAAAUCUUAUUAUAUUUAAUAAAAAACAAACACAAAUACUUGUUAAAGAUGAAGUGCCCGCAUUAGAUCCGAACAGUCCCAAAAUUAUUGAAGUUGAAACAUCACCAAUGGAAGACUUAUUGUAAAAAAAUAGUGCAUAUUAAUAAAGCCGUUUUCAACUUAUAAUUAAAAAAAUAUUAAAUCAUAGUAUUU